AUGGCCGUUGUAGACAAUGAUUGGGGAAUUGGCUCCCUACACGCCCAUGACAAGAAGGAGCCCACUCAUGCCAUCGCAGUUACCCCAGGAAUACGGGCAAUCGCAAUCAAAUCAGGGGUGCUCGUGGUGUUGUCAAAUUUCUACGGACUCUUGAAGGAAUGCCCUUAUGCCUUUUUGGAGGAAUUUUGCAGAUAUUGUAACAUUCAACCAGUACCAGCUGGAUCCACAUCAGAAGAUUACAUGCUCAAGGCGAUACCCUUUGUUUUGAAGGGUGAUGCAGGAAUCUGGUUGUCAAGGCUGCCAGAAAGCUCGAUUAGAACCUGGGCCGAGUUCCGCAUGAUCUUCCUGGACCGCUUCUUCCCAACAUCAAAGACAAGUUCCCUGAAGAGAGAAAUUACAGAGGCAAGGCAGGAGUACGAUGAGCCUCUUGGGCAAUAUUGGGACAGAUUCCAGGGACUGCUGCAAGCGUGUCCUAAUCACAAAAUAGGAGAGCGGGAGGUCUAUUCAACCUUUUAUAGUGGGUUGACGGUGGACAGCAAGAAUGAUCUCAAUCUAGCUGCCCAAGGGGAUUUCUCCAAAACCCCAUUCAGCCAAACAAAGAGGAUUCUGGAGAGAUUGAUCGAAGCAAAGAGAUCAUAUGAGACCUCUCGAGGCCAGUACAGAAGAGGAGCGGUGCACGCAGUAGAAGCACGAAGCGACGAGAAGUUGGAGGCUCGAUUUGAGCAAAUGGAGAGGAAGCUGCUAGAAGCAGUGGAAAAGACCAGAGUGCCACCACCUCAGGAGGAGCACCAUUAUUACUACUGCGAGUUUCCUCCUGAAGCAGAAGCUUUGAAUCAAGUAAACACUGUCGGCCAUUGGAACCCGGAAGGGCACUGGGUCCAAGAGAAACAAAGGGAUACUCCAUGGAGAGAUCAUCCAAAUUUCAGGUGGAAUUAUCAGAGCCCAAGACAACCACCUCAACCAUCUACACAGCAGAAAAAAACCUCCGAAGGGCAGCCCAAUUGGCCUGUUCGAAAUCAAGAAAUACCGAACACUGGAGGAAACAGAGGGUAG